UCCACAUUCAUUCCAAAUCAUCGCUUCAAACAGAACACAGGUUUCUCUAGAGAAAAAGUUUUAAAAGGAAAAAUUUUAGCAUUUGACUGUUUUGUAUAACAACUUUUCAAUUUUAAAUACAAAAAUUUUCCAGUUCAAAGUAUCAUUAUCCAAAAGCGUAGAAACAUGAAAAAUUCAAAUUCCCGAGAUAAUAAGAAGAGUAUGUGGCUAGAGGCCACAGAUUCAGAGAUAUUGCAUACAGGAUUUGCUGAUUUCGUGCAGAAUUAUCAGAAAUCCUGCAAGGAUGAAGGCGAUGUUGAGCCGAAAGUGAAAGGACCUCAGUCGUCUGCAACGUCCUGCCCGGUUGAACAUUCCAGCAAAAGUUCAAGCUUGAAAUCUAUUGGACCAUCUUCAGUCAGCGACACCAAUCGUGUGGUUGAUGAUGCGGGCUUUAAUCGCUUCCUGGAUGAGUGGACUGCAAGAGCUUCGAAGGAAGCCAGGAUCCAGUGGACACAAAUGUCCAAACGUGAUAAAGCCAUGUAUGCUCCAAAAGACGAUCUGGUCACCACUCCUAGUGCCACAUCAGGCUCCGCGGUAUCUCCAGCAUUUAAACGCCUCUUUUUUGGUGAAGUCAGUAGCGGUGCCAUUCGACGAGCCUGUGAUAAGGCCUGUACAAAUCUUGGUAAGCGCCGCUACAAGCCGAAGAGCCUUCAACCCAAAAAGUGUGCCAAGCCAAGGAGAGUUGCAAAAGGCCCCAAGGCAGUUGCCAAUGCCAACACCUUUCCCAAACCAAAAGUUGACAAGUGUCCCAAACCGAAAACAGACAGGAAGCACAACAAGCCAAAGUUGUUCAUCAAAUCAGAAUCUCCUGCUGCUCCAAAGGAGUAAUGGGAGAUCAUGGAACAUUUGAUCUAAAGAGAUUGUGUUUUUGGCCACAAGGAUGAUAAAUAAAGAUAUUCUAAAUUAAGACUAGAAA